ACUGGAUGACGGAGAAUUCGCUAAAAGUAUGAAUAUAUAUAUUAUUUUGAAAUUAUUUAACAUAUUUUGCAUUAAAUUAGGCUGCAGAUGAGGAACUGAUCAAAUUUCUCCCGCCUACCCAGAGGAUGCAAGAAGUUGAGGAAUUAAAGUAUAAUACUGAAACCUUUGACAUGAAAAUGCUACAGCCAUCACCACCAAGAUACUCAAGUAUGUCUCCAUUGAUGACAUAUAACGAAGAUGAUUUAUCACAGUCACGGGCAGCUGACGAGGAGAGGGGGUUCAGAGAAUAUUCAUCCACACAUUCGGACACAGCAUGGGCACCAAUUCGGAAAACCAAACCAAAGGCUGUUGGCGAGUACGACGGUCCGACAUAUUUUAACAGAUGGCCAUCAUCCCCACCACCUCUGAUCGACUACUCAGACUGCAAGUCAGCAAAAUCAUCUAAUAGGUGUAUUAAAAAAUUAUUUUAUUAA